AAUCCAUCCGAUCUUGAACGCAAGGCCUUAAGUUUCAUCAUCAAAUCGUUUCCCGUAUAUCCUUAUUUCGUGUAAAAUGGCAAAUAUCCGCCGGCUUGUCAUCUUCGGAGCUACGGGGAACACAGGUCUUUGUUGUACCGAGGCUGCCGUCCAGCUGGGAUACGACACGACCGUAUUCAUCCGCGACCCCGCUAAACUGCCGGAACCCUUGGCUUCUCAAGUGACCGUGAAGGUCGGUGACAUCUUAGAUGAAUAUCAGGUUGACGAUGCUGUGCAAGGGCAGGACGCCGUUGUCAUUGUCAUCGGCACGCGGAAUGACCUAAGUCCUACAACGAUGAUGUCAGAGGGAACGAAGAAUGUUCUCAGCGCUAUGGAGAAGUACAACGUUAAUCGUGUGUCUGCGUGUCUCUCGUCCUUCAACUUCUGGGAGCGUGAAAAGGUUCCUGAGCGAUUCCUCAAUAUACUGGACGACCAUUCACGCAUGCUUGAAGCUCUAAAGGCGAGCAGCCGGGAAUGGGUAGCAGUUCUUCCACCACAUAUUACAGGUGAACCGGCGAAGGGAGACUACAUCACAGCGCAAGGGAAGGGGCCAGGUCGUACCAUUUCGAAGCACGACCUGGGACACUUCAUGGUCACCUGUUUGACUGAUGAUGACAACCUUCAUAAAAUGAUUGGCCUCUGUGACAAGCCACAGGCUUAGUUCCAGCACCAGGAGUCUUUUGUUCAGAAAUGAAACAUCUUUAAUCCAUAUUAAUGGAGAAUGUAGAAACUGUAGAAACGGGAGUAGUGUUAGCCCCCCGGGAGAAAAAAAAAAACUAAGAAAAAGAAUCUUGGUAAGCAAUACUCACGCAAAAGGUGACAAGUCAAUGCUAAAUUCUUGGCAUCAGACUAUUAUUAUUAUUAUGAUUUUUUGCAGUCUAAAAAUUACCAUUUACAAGCAAUCAGGAAGAAUGCAUCCAUGAGGAUAUGCAGUUUGCUAUACUAAAUAUGCUUUAGAUCUGUGACAUUAGACUGAAGUAAAAUUCCUCUAGUGUAGUUAAGGUAAGCAGGGCAAUCAUUUCAAUCAAAGCAUGGAUUUAAAUUCUUAUUUUGCUUUACAGGCUUGAUUUUGAAGAAAUAUGUAGUAUUUAUAGAUAUCUUUGAAAUUUGUUUCAUGUAAAAAUGUCACAACUUUAACAAAGUGUACCAAGAAUUUCUUUACUGAUUUCUUUUUUGGUAUUUUUGAAGUUAAUUGAAGAAAUGUGCAUUUCUACAGUAGUGAUAUUAAAGUACCAUGUAUUAAACACUGAGAAAUAUUUUGGUGCAAGAUUUGUUAAAUAAAAUAUAGAUUUUAUGUAGCUUUGACUCCAUUUAAUGACAUAGAAUAAAAUAUAUAUUUUUUUAAUUACUGUUAGUAUUUUUAGUUUGAUAGAUAAUUAUUUCAUAUAUAUAUAUAUAUUUUGUUUUUUAAUUACUGUUAAUAUUUUGCUUGAUUGAUAAUUUUUUUUUUAAUUACUGUUAGUAUUUUAUUCAUUAGCUAUGCAAAAAUACAGAGUUAAUUAGAAAUUUCUUACAUUUUGAAUUCCAAAGAAACAUUGUAGUAAAAGUUCUUGAACUGUUGACAUCUAUGUAUUAAAUGGAUAUAAAAAAGUUUACACAAGUUACAAUGCCUGUACAUUACUCUGCAAGAAAUUCAUACUACUACUUUAUGCAGCAUUCUUUUUCCUGGCCUACAUGAAGCACUUUGCCAUUUGAAAUGUUUUGUUGUUGGGUAUUUCAAUCAACAGGUAAUAUAUCUUAUACUAGGAUGCACAGACUAAGAUUCUCAACUAUGUAUUUUUUCAUUAUAAAGGAUGUAGAAUGGUUAAAAAUAUUCAUUUAGUAUA